AUGGCUACUCCAGAGAGCCUUGCGCCUCCUCAAUCGCCCGCAUUAGGGCCAGACAGCGCUGGUGCACAGAAUAAUCAAGUUAUCGUUGUGGGACCGCCGCCGGGAGAGGAUCCAGCUGCAACGGAAGGGAAGCACGAGACCACCAGAACGGAAGAGAUCGAGUAUCUCUAUCUCACCUUCGACACUGAACUCCCGACUCCCGUGGGAAUAUCAUCCCCCAAACCUGGCAGCCUGCCUCCGCCAGAAUGUCCUGACUUGAAGCCAUACACAUCACCGUUCCUGUGGUCCAAAUCCCGCAAGACGCUAAUAACUUGGCUUGCCUGUGGGGUGACAGUGCUGGCGGCGUAUUCGGCAGGGGAAUACACCCCGGCCGCAGAGCAGCUGCUGCCAGUAUGGAACGUCAGCCCUGUUGCGUUCGACCUGGGCGUCACCACCUUUACCACUGGAUUCGCCAUCGCACCCAUGGUUCUGGCUCCGUUCUCCGAGAUCAAUGGGCGAAGGCCAGUGUUUAUCAGCAGCGGGAUCCUCUUCACUGCCUGCCUGAUCGCGUGCGGGGGAACCCAUUCGUAUGCGGGGAUGCUUGUGGCGCGGUUUUUCCAGGGCGUAGGCGGCUCCACGUUCUCCACUAUGGUGGGCGGUGUCAUCAGCGAUAUCUAUCAUGCGGAUGACCGCAACACUCCCAUGGCCCUGUUCUCUGGGGCGGCGCUGUUCGGAACAGGACUGGGUCCUCUGAUCUCCAGUGCUAUCGCUUAUCACACGUCAUGGCGGUGGAUCUACUAUUCCCAUGCCAUUGUCAGCGGGGCCUUUGUCGUUAUUAUGUACAUCCUUCUCAAGGAGACGCGCGGAAGCAUUCUCCUGAGCCGGAAGGCCCGGGCCCUCAAUACAUACUACGAGCGCCUAGAGGAGGCCGGUUAUUAUGGCGUUCUAAUGCCCUCUGAUGAGCCCGGAGAGAAACAGACCGUCCGUCGCAUCAGGUGGAAGGUCAAAAGUGACGAGGAACGGGAAUCUCUCGUCAAGAUGAUUAGCAUAUCCUGCUACCGGCCUUUCCUCGUCUUUUUCUUUUCCCUCUGGGUCGCUUUCAGCUGGGCUGUCCUCUACCUACAAUUUGGCUCCAUCCCAUUGGUUUUCGAAACCAACCACCACUUUAAUCUUGAGCAGGCUGGGGCUGUGUUUACAGCCAUGUGCGUUGGUUCCAUCCUGGCCACUUUCCUGAGUAUCUAUCAGGAACGAAUCGCUUUUCGAUUCGGCAAGCUGUCGAGUACCCCGGAAGGCCGGUUGUACUUCGCUUGCAUCGAGUCUAUCUUGAUGCCGGCGGGUCUAUUUUGGUUUGGGUGGACUUCUUUCACGUCGAUCCCGUGGAUCGUGCCUGCGCUCGCUGUGGGCUGCGCAACAAUGGGCAUUUUCUCUAUCUAUCUGGCCGUGUUUAAUUAUCUGGCCGAUACAUACCAUCGAUAUGCGAGCUCAGCUCUCGCUGCUCAGUCUUGCUGUCGAAAUCUUCUCGGUGGAGUUUUCCCCUUGGUCACCAAUGCUUUGUUUAAUAACCUGGGAUACCCUGCUGCGUCCAGUCUGCUGGGUGCAAUUGGUGCUCUUCUGACCAUCGUGCCGUGGGUGCUUGUCUUCUACGGACCGAAAAUCCGGGCCAAGAGUAAAUUCGCCAGUGAACUUCUCCACCAGCAUUGA